AUGGCCCGGAUUUCCUUCUUCUCUUCAUCCUUCAUUUUCCAUCGGCAUUAUCUCAUAAUGCUUAGCACAAUUCGCCGAUUUGGCGCUUCCAGUGCGCUGCGCGCAUCUGCGCCUCGCACCCUCUCAGCACGAUCCGUGGCUCAGCUGCCGAAAUGGCAGGCUCCUGCAUCUCUGUCAUCUCUGUCUGCGAUCCGAUCAUUGCACUCUUCUCCCACUCUGUUCUCCGCUGAGGCUGCCCAGGCUCACGCGGAGCAGACCGAGCCCCGCCGUCACACUGAAUUCGCAGCCCUGGGCUCGGAAGGUAUCAUCAACGAGAAUGUCAUCAAGAACAUCAUCCAGCCGGACCGGAUGAACAUCAGCACCAUGACUGAGGUCCAAUCGCUUACUCUGAACGAAAUUGUCAAGGGCAAUGAUAUCCUCGCCCAGGCUAAGACUGGAACUGGAAAGACCCUGGCCUUCCUGGUUCCCACCCUCCAAAACAUCUUGAACGAUCCCUCAAUCGAUCUGAAGGCCCUGGCUCGUCGCCGCAGAUCCGCUCCUACCGAAAUCCGUGCUCUUAUCAUCUCACCCACUCGCGAGCUCGCUGAGCAAAUCGCGGUUGAGGCUAAGAAGGUGGCAUUUGGAACUGGUGUCAUUGUGCAGACCGCUGUUGGUGGUACUGCCAAGCGCGCUGGUCUGCAGAAGAUCCAGAACGAGGGUUGCCAUCUGCUUAUCGGUACCCCCGGUCGUCUCAAGGACAUCUUGUCUGACCCUUGGACCGGUGUCUCUGCCCCCAAGUUGAAUACCCUGAUCCUGGAUGAGGCUGAUCGCCUCCUGGAUCAAGGUUUCUCUGCCGAUAUCGAGGAGAUCCAGACCUUGCUUCCCAACCCCAACGAAGUGGACCGUCAGACCCUCAUGUUCUCCGCGACUGUCCCCAGGGAAGUCAUGCAGAUGGUCAGACAAACCCUGAAGCCCGACUUCCAGCACGUCAACACCGUGCGUGAGGAUGAGGUCCCCACCCACGAACGUGUGCCCCAAAAGCUGGUGUACCUGCGCGGUCUCGAGAACGGACUCCCUGCCCUGAUGGACCUUGCCAAGAGCUGGCAGGCCCGUCGCGAGGCCGGUGAGGACCUGCGUCCCUUCAAGGCCAUCGCCUACUUCAACUCCACUGCCGAAACCAAGAUUUCCGCCGAUGCUUUCAACAACAUCCGUCGCACCCGUGAAUUCCGCGACUCCAACCUCUCCAACCUGAGCAUCCUCGAGAUCAACUCUCGUCUCACCCAGCAGGCCCGUACCCGCAGCGCAGACUCCUUCCGUCGGGCUACCGAGGGUAUCCUGUUCUCAUCCGACGUGACUGCCCGUGGUAUGGAUUUCCCCAACGUGACCCACGUUGUUCAAAUCGGUAUCCCUCGCGACCGUGAGACCUACAUUCACCGUAUCGGCCGUACCGGUCGUGCCGGUAAGGAGGGUGAAGGAUGGCUGUUCGCCCACCAGGGUGAGCGUGACUCCAUGCGUCGCCGCCUCCGCAACCUUCCCCUCGGCAUUGAUUCCACCACCCUGCCCUCCGCUUCUGCCGACCUGGCUAAUGUCACCGAGGACUCUCCUGCUUUUGAGACCGUCAACCAGUUCAAGGAGGCCUUUGAACAGGUCGAAACCGGUGCCAAGGUCGCCUCGUACAUGGGUCAGCUUGGAACCACCACCGGCAACUUCGGUGACAAGAGAGAUGCCGUCCAGGCCCUGAACAACUUGUAUGUCAAGGGUUACGGUAUGCCCAGCCCUCCUGAGAUCAGCCCUCGGGUUGCCCAGCUCAUGGGUCUCAACCGCAUCGAGGGUGUCAGAGUCGGAAACGGCAUGCGCUCUCGCGAUGACUCCGGUGGCUUCUCCCGUGGCAGUGGAUCUGAUCGCCGUGGUGGUUUCGACCGUGGCGACCGUGGCGGUUUCUCCCGCGGUGGUGACCGUGGAUUCUCUCGCGGUGGUGAUCGCGGUGACCGCGGUGGUUUCUCCCGUGGUGGUGACCGUGGUGGCUACUCUCGUGGCCCUCGCCGUGCCCUCGACGAGGACUUCACCAACUCUUUCCGCUUUUAA